AUGGCUCACCACAAGCACGCGCCGCUGCUGCGCGGGAAGUUUACAGACAUCAAACAAUGGUCUGCCACAUCACAAAAGCCAGCCAGGAAAAUGCCGGUGAUCGGGAAGGUCGCUUUGUUGUGCACAUCUGCGAUGGGAAUACAUCUGGCAUGCUCCGCUUCGCAUACGUUCCUCGGCGUCUUCAGGCCAAACACAUGGAAGGCGAGUUCGCACCAGUUGUCGUCGGGCAUCGCAGUACCAAUUUUCCCUUCGAACUACUCGUGUAUACCGGAUCAAGCCUGCUGGCCGUCCGAGAGUCAAUGGUCCGCUUUCAACCAGAGUAUCGAUGGCAACCUCCGGUUGACCGUGCCGUGGGCUUCAGUAUGCUACUCGGAACCAUCAAGCAAGCAAUGUCAACGGAUUAGACAUGGCUACAUGGACGGCGCCUCUCGAACUGCACAGUAUGGAGCGAUGGAGUUCCUCGACUGGGAGACAUGCGGACAGUCGCACUGCUAUCUUGACUCAUUGCAUCCUUCGUCCCCUGCAUCAGGUUUAUGUGGACUUGGACGACUAUCAACAUACUAUGUUGAGGCCCACUCGGCAGAAGACAUCAGCAAGACACUGAACUUCGUCCGCCAGCACGGUAUCCGAGUCUCGAUCAAGAACACAGGCCAUGACUACUUCGGGCGAUCAAGUGCGGCGAACUCACUUGGCAUCUGGACACACAAUAUGAAGGAUAUAAAGUACCACAAGACCUUUCAAACACAAGACUGCAAGGCGCAGUAUGAGAACAUUGGUGAAAUUGGUGCUGGUGUUCAAGCACAAGAAGCUUGGGAAUUCUUUGAACCUCUUGACAUGCUCGUCACGGUCGGCGCUGUCGGCUCCGUGGGUAUUGCUGGAGGCUUCGGUCAGGGAGGCGGCCAUGGUCCGCUUGGUCCCACUUAUGGCCUCAUGGUCGAUCAGGCAGUCGAGUUCGAUGUCGUGACAGCUGAUGGCCAGAAGCGGACCAUCAACGAGUGUACUGACCCAGACCUCUUCUGGGCCAUCCGGGGAGGUGGAGGUGGUAAUUAUGCCGUCUUAAUCACAUACAAGUUUCAGCUCCAUCGGGCGGUGCCGCUUAACGUACACUUCUUCCAGGCCUACUGGCCCAAGCCUACGGAUAUUACCGAGUCAAAGAUCCACCGCGACAUCAUCAGCGCACUGGCGUCGAAUCAGACAUUCUUCUCACAGAUCGGCAUUGCGGGCUACAACUUCAUACUGCCCGACCACAUGGUGUCUUUGCACAUCGUGCCCUCGACCGACACCUCAGUCCUCAAGACUGUGUCAAGGCAGUACUACGACUUCCUUGACGCCUAUCCCGGCAUCAAAGUCUACAACAACUCCUACCACACCUUCUCCAAAUUCUCCGAAUGGCACGCCUUCACCGAACAACCCUGCAUCGCGCGCAACGGCCCUGUUGGCCUCGGGCUAUCAGAAUCCGGCCGCUUCAUCCCCCGAAACCUCUUUAACACGCCUCAGGAUAUCUCCAAACUGAUCUCCGCGGUCCUUACUGCCAUGCAAUUCUCAUACACCAACCGCGGCGGCGGCAGCGCACAACUCUACUCCACCGGCCCCGCUAACCACCCCGACGGCAGCGCAACCUCCGCACAUCCACUGUGGCGCGAGAGCCUAUGGGAAGUCAUCAUGGGCGGGGGCUGGACAGCGUCCAACACCCCCGCGCAGCGCACGCAGAUGCAGAACUCGAUCAGCGCGUCGAUACAGCCGUUGAAAACGCUGACGCCCGAGGGGGGGUGCUAUGUCAACGAGGGAGAUUGGAUGGAGGAGAACUGGCAGCAGACUUUCUUUGGAAGUAACUACGACAGGUUGCUGGAGGUCAAGAAGCAAUACGACCCUACGGAGCCGAUGAGCGCUCGUGAUCUACAUGGCAACCCAGAAAAGAAGUACAAGCAGAGACUGCAAUGGUUCUGCGACGAAGUCGAGUUUCUCGGGCACGAAUAUAGGGCAAGAGAAGAGGCGGCAGCGGUCAUUCUCGGAGGCGACCUUGUAAAGUCGAGAUCAAAGAUCAUGAAGCUGAAAGUGAGGAAGACGGACCUUUCUGCGGUCAGAGCAAGAGAGAAUGGUGGCAUGUGUAAAGACUUCUAG